AGGGACUGAUACAGAUAAGGAGACUAACUUGGUAUUAGCCAGCACAAAACAUACCUCUCAUGUUAGAAUUAAAAUGAAAUCUUUUGGAUAAAAUUUCAGUGUGCUCAAUAAAUGCUUGAAUACGUCCAACGAUACAGAGACCAGCUCUUAUUAAUGACCAGUGCGGAAUUUUCUGUUAUCAGUCACGUGGUCAUCGUAUCAAUAUUAUCGAUUGGUUUACCUGCAAAGGGGAAGUGCAAGGCGUCUACAGAAUGGAUAUAUAUUUCAGAAACAGCAGUUAAAUUAAGACAAAUUGAUUAAUAUACAGAACUUUCCAUCAUCUGAUCAGCUCGAAAUGGCCAAACUCAACAUAACAAUAUAUGCUGUCUUAGUGUUAAUAUGUAACACACUUGCUUCUAACUAUCCUCCGCGGAUCAGUGUAAACAGUACCAUCCAACAGGCCAGUGAGAGUACUCCUAUAGGUACGCCACUUUUCACGAUCACCGCUGAGGACAGGAACGGUGGAACUGUUGAGAUUAUGGCGACAGGACAAACCAGUCAACUUGUAAAUAUCAGCCAGACGAGAAGCGGAAACACUGCAACAUGGAAUGUUCUUCUGAAAACGAAGCUAGAUAGAGAGGCCAAGUCAAGCCAUAUGAUGACUUUCAUUGCUACAAGCAGCAGUAAAGAUGCCCCGGUGUCUCCGCUGGAGGUAACCCUGUUCGUGACUGAUGUGAAUGACGAAAAACCCAUGUUCUCAAGUCAGGCCUACCGGGUGAAAGUUCCAGAGAACCACCGUCUGUCUUCUGACAUCAAUGCCAAUAUACUUGCUACAGACAGUGACAAUGGACCGGGGGGAUCUGUCUCCUAUUCUAUACAGCCCGCUGGACAGGCUUUAGCACUUUACAACGACACAUUUGGUAUUCGUGAAAAAUCCGGAAAACUUUAUCUAAAGAAAGCGCUGGAUUACGAGAAAUUAACUUUCUAUCAAUACAAAGUGAUUGCAAAGGAUGGUGGUAACCCCCAACUGAACAAUUCCGCAGACCUUCUAAUCACGAUAUUGGAUGUGCAAGAUACACCACCAAUUUUCCAGGGACUACCGUACAUGGCUGAUAUUAUGGAAGAUUCUCCCGUGGGGACGAGUAUUUUUGAAGUUUUUGCUCUUGAUGGCGACACUGGUAUACCCAACAAUAUAUCAUAUAGCAUAUCAGGAAACUGCUCAAAGUAUAUUACAAUGAAUCCCUCUUCUGGUGUAGUGAGGAUUAAGAAGACGAUGGAUAGGGAUGAAGGAACUAUUAAAGAAUUUCGUGGAGUUUGUUCAGUGAAUGUUACAGCGUCUGAAGUGACCAAUGUCGGCAACAGUACUCAGACAAACACAACAAAACCAUUGAUCAUCACCGUAAAGGAUGUUAAUGACAAUCCACCGAAAUUUGGAGAGGAUGUAUAUCAUGGCUCUGUGAAAGAAAACAUGACGGAUGUACCAAUCUCAAUUCCUGGCGGAAUUUCCGUCUCAGAUAUUGACCAGAUUGGCAACAACGAAAUUCAGCUUUCUGUAUACAAAUCUGACAGUAUCAAUACAUCUGACAGCGACAUCGGGGCCUCACCCAACACGAUCCUCUCUAAAGGAACCUUUCUACUCCGUCUCGUCAACCCAUAUAUGUUUGACUACGAAAGCACUAAAACCAUGAAUUUAACGAUUAUUGCAAGAGACAAAAAGAAAUCCAGUUUAUCGGACAGUUGUACCUUAUACGUGACUAUCAAUGAUACCAACGACAACGAUCCUGUAUUUACAGAAAUAAAUGAAACUUACUACGUACUUGAAAACAGUUGCUUCAACACAACAGUUACAAACAUAAAGGCUACUGACGCUGAUUCGGGAAAUUAUGGAGAAAUUACGUAUAUUCUGAGAGGAAGUAACAGUUUUCAGAUAGAUGAUAAAACUGGUAGACUUUAUGUCUCUUGUAACGAAAGCUGUAAUAACACGCGUAAAAGUAUUACAGACUGUGAUAAGAGCUGCCUAGACAGGGAAAAGAAAGACGUGUAUUACCUGACAGUAGAAGCCAAAGAUGGUGGUGGAAGAAGAACCCCCUCUUCAAUCGUUAUUCGUUUGAAUGAUACGAAUGAUAACAAACCAAUAUUUCGCUAUAGUUCGUAUCAAAUAGGCCUUAACGAAAAUGAAACAAACUUUUCCGAUGGGAAGAUGAAAUUCAAAGUAGAGGCAACAGAUAGAGACCAGUUAAACAAUAGCAUUAUAUCGUACAGUAUAGUAAAGUCUAACGAUACACAGAAUCUAUCUGACCAUUUUGCGAUGGAUGCCACAAAAGGUACCAUUACCAUCACCACUGCAAUAGAUUACGAACAAUUACCACCCUCUUCCAAUGGACAGGUCAUUCUUAUUUUGAUGGCAGAAGACCAUGGUAAACCAAGCCAAAGUUCCACUGUCACUUUAACUAUUGAUGUUAAGGAUGUAAAUGACAACAAUCCAUCAUUUGCUGUACAAUAUAACUCUAGUGUUAAGGAAAAUGCCAAUCCUGGUACCUUUGUAUUGAACGUAUCUGCAGGGGAUGCCGACAAAAGUAAACCAAAUAACCAAAUAGCAUAUUUCAUAGAAAAAGGAGGCUCUGAUCAAUUUACUAUAGAUGGUACUUCAGGGAAUAUUAGCGUUCAGAUUGGGGCAAAGCUGGAUAGAGAAACCAGUCCAAGCUACAAUCUUACUGUCAUUGCUAUUGAUAAAGGGAAUCCUCAGCUGACUGGAUCUACUACAGUGGUGAUAACUUUGGAGGACGAAAACGACACUCCUCCUUCUUGGAGGAACCUACCAAUCACAGUUUCUGUUACUGAGAAUACAAAUUAUACCAAUGUUACACAAUGUUUUGCUACAGAUGUGGACAUUGAUGCAGGAUUGAAUUAUUCAAUAAUGUUAAAAGAAGCAAUUGAUGUAGAAGGAGUUAAGGUCAACAAGACCCUGAUUAAGGAUUCUUUUUUCAUAAAUAAAACGUCGGGGAUCGUGUACACCAAGACGGGUUUUAAUGCAGAGGUAGCGGUGAAAUUGACGUUUGAAGUAACAGUCAACGACACUCAGACAUUGAAAAACAAACCAAAUGCCACAGAUGAGCUGAUAAUUAAUAUCAAUGAUACCAACGACAAACCCCCUGUAUUUUCGAAAUCGAACUACACCGCAGAGGUGAUGGAGAAUGCUCCGGAUGGUACUCACGUACGAACAUUGACAGCAACGGAUGCUGAUAUCAAUUACAACAAUAAAAUUAUAAAAUAUUACAUUGAUGAUACUACCCUUCCGUUCAACAUUGAAACUACGAAAGGCAUCGUCACAAAAGUAGGAAAAAUCGAUCGGGAAGCUUGCGAUCUUUGGGACGUAGAAAUACGAGCUACUGACUCGGUCCACAAUGCCACGGUUACUCUUCAGAUCAGUAUCCUAGAUUUCAAUGACAACACGCCAUAUUUCCUCAACAACACAUACACAUUUUAUGAAAAUGAAACUGAAUACAACAGAACACGAAUUGGAGCAUUGUAUGCUGAUGAUUUGGACUCAGGACAAAAUGCAAACAUAACUUUUUCUAUCUCUGAAGGAAACAGUCAACACCAUUUCCAAAUAGAUCAAUAUACGGGUGAUUUAUUUAUAGAGGGCUGUAUUGACAGAGAAAAGGUACCCUCAUAUAACCUGAGAGUUCAAAUAAGUGAUAACCCGUCCAAUGCUGAUUACAGAAAAUCAAACACUACACAGGUAACUGUUCAUAUUCUGGACGUUAACGACAAUAAACCCACUUUCGACAAUGAUUCGAAGAGAGCCGUGGACAUCAAAGAAUCAACAGUAAAUGGAACCCUGAUAAAAACCGUGCACGCCACUGACAUGGACGUUGACAAAAAUAGUGAACUUUUCUACCAAAUUGGUUUGGAUGGGAAUGUAAGUGGUGAUUGGUUUGUUAUAAAUAAAGCCACGGGUGAAAUCCGUAUAUCUAACAGUCUUAAAGAUCAGGCGGGGAAUUACACUAUACAAGUGCUAGCAAUUGACGAAGGAGUUCCGUCUUUGAACAAUUCAUUGAUGCUGAAUAUACAUAUAAUAGAUGAAAAUCUUCACAAACCAGCUUUUACUAAUUUGCCACCAAACCACAUCGUGAGCAUUUUCGAGUGUGCAAAAAAUUACACAAAUGUAUUUCGAAUUGGAGCCAAGGAUGAUGACAAAGCUUUUGUAAACCGCCUCCUUAAGUACGAGUUCCUGUAUCCAAAUUCCUCUUUGGGGUCAUAUUUUGAAUCUUUUUUUCUCAACGAGACGAGUGGAGAUAUCUAUGUUGUCGGUAAAAUCGACCACGAAACCAGACCAGAAUACAAGAUCAGAGUGCGAUGCACAGAUCAUGGGGAUCCACCACUGUCAACAUCAUCCCCUGAACUGACGAUCCAAGUUCUAGAUGUUAAUGAUAACAACCCAGAGUUUAAUGAAAACAUCACACUCGCAGAAGUGAAUGAAAACGAGAAUGGGACGAAUGUGAUCCAGGUCACUGCUCACGACAGGGAUUCCAAAGCAUUCAUUCAAUACAGCAUUAAAGAUGGAGAAUACUCAGACUACUUUCAAAUCGACAAGCAUACCGGAAGAAUAACAACAAGUAAACCCUUAGAUCGAGAGAAAAUUUCUUUGAUUAAUCUAAUGAUCCAAGCUAAAGAUGUCACCAAACCAGAAAAUAUUUCAUCACAGUGCCCUACUGUGUAUCAUAAGACCAAUGUGUCAACUGUUGGAAUUAAGGUAGUGGUGACUGUGAAGGAUGCAAACGACAAUCCACCAAAUUUUACGGAAACAUACUUAUCUAAAGGCAUCCUGCGAAACACCAAGUUUGAAACCGUGAUAUUAGACCUUACAAAAGUGGUUACAGACAAAGAUGUUCUUCCCAAAAACCAGAUUCACCACUUCUACGCUACAUCUCUCUCUUACACCGGAACAUUGAAAGAUGAAGUUGAAAAUAAAAAUAUAAAGACAAACUGUGGCAAAGCAUUUUGUGUUCACCCAAAUGGUUCAGUGGUGACGAAUUUCGUUAUCUCCGAGACAAUGAAAGGCCUAGCACAGCUUGGACUUCUUGUUAAUGAUUCUGCGGGCAAUUCCACCGCCUCCAUGAAGAUAUAUGUGAUAAGUGAUUCACAAAUUGUCGCUAUGCAUGUUAUCAAGACGAUACCGCAAGUGGAUGAAAUCAAAUUCAAAGUACUGCAGUUGUACUCGGAUAUAAUUGGUUAUGAUUGUGUUUAUGAUGAAAUGGACCCCUACCAAAUGGAGAAUGGAGACCCAGAUCCGUUUACAACUUUGUUGAAAUUCCAUGUAGUUAACAGAGCAACAGAGCAAAUUUUGGAGGCAAAAGAUGUAUUAAAAACCAUCGACAGUGUAUCUGGAGGAAAAGGCGAUACGUUAAAGAACAUCGCAGAUCUGUAUUCUAUAAAGUCAAUAAAUCUGAUGCAAUCAGGGCCAGCAGAUCAAUCGAGUCUAAAGAAUAAGGAGACGUACAUUCUGAUCGCCGUUAUUGCUCUGCUAUCACUCAUCCUGUGUAUCAUUAUUUAUUUCUAUAUCAAGAGUACCAAGAGAUACAAAACAAAACUUAAAGCUGCCAACAUACCAACAGCAGAUCGAAAAGAAAAGAAACAAAGCUUACAUCUACCUGGUAGUAACGUUUAUUCAUCCACGAAAAAUCCGCUUAUGAACAAGGAUGAGGAAGUGAAGCGAAGCAUGGAAAACUUGGAUAAACUAGAUGACGUUAGUGUGUCAGGAAGCGAGAAUUCAUUGGAUCCUAGUGACUUUGAGUACGCUAAGCGUACUAUGACGUACGAGGAGCCGUCGGAGGAAAAGGAAGUGGUGAUGGACAUGUAUGUGGAGGACGGGGUGUUGUCCAAUAGUAACGUGGAUCCUUUAGCCCUCGCACUCAGCCAGCACGAGAAACAGAAAAACGAAAAGAAAAUGAAUGGGAAUACGCAUUUCGCUAAUGGGCAGAUAAAUCAAGCAUAUGAUUGUCUGGAGACAACAGAAGUGUAAAUUUAUAGUAAAUGUUGUAUAUGACUAUAUAUAUUGCAUUUCUUCAACCAUGGAUACUGGGAACCAGUUUAUUGUUAUACAUUUGAUACAGGAAUAUGCGUCAUUCACAGCUGGUUUGUGAGGAGUGUAAGGAUAUGAUUAAUAAUUCUAUUCCAUAUCUACAAAUUAUUAACUUCAUACAUUCAUUUGUUUCCAUUUUAAGGCUUGAUAUAUCUAUUCUAUUCGCUUUUUUGGCUUCGUUAGUAAGUACCGAAUCAAAUGCAUGAUAUUGUGUCAUUAAAAAAAGAAUAUACGUUAUAUAUUUAUAUCUAUCUUAAUCUUUGGAUAUAUGGUUAUAUUAACUUUAUAUGGGAAAAUCAAUAGUAAUAAAAAGAAUAUUAUAGCAGUAAAUAAAAAUUCGAUGUAUGAUAGCAUAUAUAAUGGGAAGGAAUGAUGUUUGAAAUAUGAUUACACAUCAUGUUAAGUCUCGUCGUUCACAACAUGAUGAAUAGUCGUUCUAUAUUUAGAUACAAGUAUUCCCGGGUGUGCCAGAAUACUCGAAUUCAUAUAUCACAAACUCAUUACUAUGCUAAAUUAAUGAAUACAUUUACAAGACAUACUAGUGGUUUAGAAAUGUAUAUUUCACUAUGCAUGUUAUCCAUCCCUUUUUGAGGACAAAUCCGUUUACCUGAUCAGGAUAUAGGGCUCACGGCGGGUGUGAUCGGUCAAUAGGGGAUGCUUACUCCUCCUAGGCACCUGAUCCCACCUCUGGUGUGUCUAGGGGUCCGUGUUUGCCCAGCUAUCUAUUUUGUAUUGCUCAUAUAGGAGUUAUGAGAUUGAUCACUGUUCGUUAUCUUCACCUUAUACAGUACACAUUUUAUUUCGGAAAUGGCAAGUUACAUAUUUUAUCACCCUGGCCCAAUAUGUGUUUUGAAAGCCUGUAGGUUAGUUCAUAUCAAACUACAUACAACUAACACUCGGUAUGAAAAGCUUAUAACUAAAAGUAUACAAAGUACAUAAUGAAAAAAACCCCACAUUAUUCGCUAAAUAUCCAGUCACUUAAAAAUGCUGCAUAUGCGAUGCUGAUUAACUCAGAUAAUUUUAGAUCAGAUAUCUAACGGUACACACAUGUAUAACAAUUUUAGAUGACUAACUAACAUAUUCUGAAAUUUUAAUAGAACAUUCAGUAAGUAUUGUACGAUGGCGUACGUAAAAAGAAUGCUUUUUGACUUUUGUUAGGUUAAUUCUCUGAAUUUUUUCUCUGUUAUUAUUGUGAUGGGAAUUUACUAUGAACAACCUGGAGAUUUGUUUCAUCUAUUUUGUUUUUAAAUAUGCAGUUUAUUUUUUUUUUAAAUUUUGUUAUGCUAUUAUCUGCAUGUUACUCUUCGGGAUUAGAUCGGAAUCGGGAUGAGAUCGGGAUCAAAUUCUCAUGGUGCGAUCUAGUUUGAUCCCGUCUCCUAAUCCACGAGUUUGUUUUUCAUUCAAAAUACAUUUCGUCAAUCUUAUACUUCAGAGGGAGAAAUAUAUAGAUCACAUAUGUUUUGGUCAAUAUUGUUGAUUAUAAUCAUUGCAUUGUUGAAAUAUAUUUUUAUGUCAUUAAGGAGGUACAUGCAUACCACAUUGUCAUAAUGGCUGACUUCCUUUUAAACAUGGAAGAAAUUAUGAAUACCAGCAAUCUCCUUUGUAUGUUUCUGUUGAAUCUGAUUAUCUAGCUGGGUAUCGCAGUCGAUUAACGUGUCGUCUGCUGAACUGUAGAUCGCAGUUUUGACUCCAUAAAAGGGUUUGGUUGUUUUUUAACUACUUCCUACUAAAAUGUCAAUUUUGGCUAAUUACAGUAAUUAUUUGAAAAUUUCAAAUUUGAAUAUAUUUGUACUUUCCCGGUGUGUUACUCCUCCUUAAUGAAAUUAUAAGAUGAGUUAUACCUUUUAUACAGGUAUUUUUUUGUUUUUUUGUUUUGCAGCUGUUUGGGUACACACUUCUAACAGAAGUAUAAUAUAUUCAUUGAUAUGUAUAUGUAUCCAUUCAAAUUAGGAUUAUUGGCAUAAUUUGUACUGCUCCUCAAAAUAAAUAUGAAUUGAAGCUCAUAAGAGAAAAUAUGGUAGAUUAAAAACCACAACGUUUAAGAUCAGUUUAUUCUACAUGUACUAUGACAGUCCAUGGUGUACCUUAAGGAGGACACACCAAAUCAUAAUAAACAUAGUGUACGAAAUAUU